AUGUUUUCUUUGCAGCUUUUCGCUGCCUUUGUGGCUCUGGCGGUGGCCAAGCCACAGCACCAACCUGCUGCCCAGUAUCCGGCUGGCGUCAAUCCCCAGGACUGCCCCAACUUCCCCAUCUGUGAUAAUGCGCGCCUGCACAAUCCCCAGCCGCAGUGGGGCGCCCCGCAGCCGCAGUGGCAGCAGCCGCAGCCACAGUGGAACCCCCAGCCGCAGCCGCAGUGGCAGCAGCCGCAGCAACAGUGGAACCCCCAGCCACAGCCCCAAUGGCAGCCUCAGCCCUCGUGGAACGCGGCUCCCGCUCCGGCGGCCGGUGGCGAUAAGUAUCCGGCUGGCAUCAACCCGCAGACCUGCCCCAACUACCCGUACUGCGACGUGAACGCCGGACACGCCGGUGCCCCGGUCGCUGCUCCCCCACUGCCAGGAUGGACGGAGCGCCUGUACCCCGCCGGAGUCUCGCCCCACCAGUGCCCCAACUUCCCGUACUGCAACUAGGGCGGUCCGUACACUUGCGGCUACCCGCAGCUUCCUCUAACGCUUCGCCUUUCCCCAGUUCUCAAUUAGUGGACAUUAA